GUUUGAGGGCGUUUAAGGAACCAUUUGACAGAAGCAGCUCUGAGCCUGUGGAGGACACAGACACCACCAGCUUUGUGGCCGAAUUUAGAGCAGCCGUACAAUAAUCUGCUAAGCAAUGCACCAUAACCGAACACACACUGCGCUGUGAUUGGUGGAGCCCGAGGGCUCACUGAAGAACAGGUCGCAGCAGGCCGUGGUCUAUCUUUGCACACCCGAGUCGUGUUCCCCCGCAGUCACAGACGACGUCUUGAAUGUUGCCUCGGUCUCACAAACACAGCCGGUUUCUCUCUGGAGCUUUUGUUCCCGUUCUCUCUAAUGUUCUCUUGUCUGCCCUUGUCUCUCCCACAGUCCCUGGAGGCCAAUUAUCCGGUGCAGGUGACAGAUCCUAAUGAUGCUGUGACGCUUCACCUGAGCUCCAUGCCCUCUGGAUUCCUGAGCCCCUCGGACAGAAUAAGACAGCCAGUUCAAGAUGUUGAAGAAUGCACCUGCCCGACAUCGACUUCACCAGACCACCCCAAAGAACUGCAGACGCUCAGCAGCCCCUGCGAAAAGUGCUGCUGCCCGGCGCCUCCUCCCAAGAUCAGCGAUCUCAUGAACGACAAAGACCUCCUGGACUUGUUGCGGCUCAAGCUGGAUCCCAACCACUGCACCGUCAAGAACUGGAAGAACUUUGCGAGCCGCUGGGGGAUGAGCUACGAUGAACUGACCCUGCUGGAGCACCGGACCCAGGGCUCCUUGUCCCAGAGCCCCACCCAGGAGUUCCUGCUGCGCUACAACCAGAAGACGGUCACCGAGCUCACCGAACUUUGCCGCAUCUACCAGCGCAUCGAUGUGCUGCGGCUGCUGCAGGGCUGGAUCGAGAAGGACUGGCCGUCACGCUGGCAACACGCUCAUUGACGCCCUGCGGAUGGGACCUUCGGUCGGGGUCGUACUUGUACGGGAUUUGUUCGUCUUCGUACGAUGUUUAUCGUCCGUAAGUUUCGUAAGUGAUUUAAAGAAAGAGAUCGAACGAUGACCGGCAGACUGGAUAGCACUUACAGGACGUACAGCUGGAUAACAGUGGGGCUCCAUGGAUUGCGUUGUUUUGUCUGUUGGCCAAUCUGUCAUCCUGGUUGUUCCACCACUUUUGUAGAGCUUUUCAUGAAUUUAAUAACCUACAUUUUAUCAAUUUGGGAUCGAUUAAUGCUAUCUUAUGAUUCGUGGUCCCCCGGGCAUGAAUCAUAAGACUUUGGGGAAGCCUUUUACUUUUCCUGUCGCGCCAUCAGCAGGUCAAAAUGUCCUCUUAUCCAGUGUCAUAUCCCAACAUUCACUCUAUGGAUUGGGACACAUUUUUUGUAAAGACAUUCAUGGUUCCUAGUUGAUGUUUCCUAAUGACAUUUAUACUUCUGAGCGCAAUAUCUCAACAACUAUUGGAUGGUUUGACGAGACAUUUGGGGCAGGCGUUCAUGUUCCCCUCAGGAUGAAUUGUAAUAAAACACUUUUUCUUUUUUUUC